AAAGCCAGCUAGGCUCAGUCUCACACGCGCGCCGCCACUGUUUGUACACAGUGCGCUCCUGGCCUCAGGCUCGCUCCCCUCCAGCUCACGCUUCAUUGUUCUCCAAGUCAGAAGCCCCCGCAGCCGCGGCGGCAGCAGCGUGAGCCGUAGUCACUGCUGGCCGCUUCGCCUGCGGUGCGCGCACGGAAAUCGGGGAGCCAGGAACCCAGGGAGCCCGCGCUCCGCCCGCUGUGCCUCUGCUAGGACUCACUCGCAGCCCCAGCCUCUUUUAAGCGCACCCACCUCCGCGCACCCCAGCUCAGGCGAAGCUGGAAUGAGGGGUGAAUCACCCUCUCUCUAGGGCCACCACUCUUUAUCGCCCUUCCCAAGAAUUUGUUUGAGGAAGCGCUGCGGGAGGAAGACGUCCUCUUGAAUCUCUGACAGGGCGGGGUUUACUGCUGUCCUGCAGGGCCGCCUCGCCUACUGUGCCCUCCGCUACGACCCCGGACCAGCCCAGGUCACGUCCGGGAGAAGGGAUCAUGAAGCACUUGGUAGCAGCCUGGCUUUUGGUUGGACUCAGCCUCGGGGUGCCCCAGUUCGGCAAAGGUGACAUUUGCAAACCCAAUCCCUGUGAAAAUGGUGGCAUCUGUCUGUCAGGACUUGCUGAUGAUUCCUUUUCCUGUGAAUGUCCAGAAGGCUUCACAGAUCCAAACUGUUCUAGUGUUGUGGAGGUUGCAUCAGAUGAAGAAAAGCCUACUUCAGCAGGUCCCUGCAUCCCUAACCCAUGCCAUAACGGAGGAACCUGUGAGAUAAGUGAAGCAUAUCGAGGAGACACAUUCAUAGGCUAUGUUUGUAAAUGUCCUCGGGGAUUUAAUGGGAUUCACUGUCAGCACAAUAUAAAUGAAUGUGAAGCUGAGCCUUGCAGAAAUGGUGGAAUAUGCACAGACCUUGUUGCUAACUACUCCUGUGAAUGCCCAGGAGAAUUUAUGGGACGAAAUUGUCAAUAUAAAUGCUCUGGGCCAUUGGGAAUCGAAGGUGGGAUCAUAUCUAAUCAGCAAAUCACAGCUUCAUCUACCCACCGAGCUCUUUUCGGACUCCAGAAAUGGUAUCCCUACUAUGCUCGGCUUAAUAAGAAGGGCCUUAUAAAUGCCUGGACAGCUGCUGAAAAUGACAGAUGGCCAUGGAUUCAGAUAAACUUGCAAAGAAAAAUGAGAGUCACUGGUGUUAUUACCCAAGGAGCAAAAAGGAUUGGAAGCCCAGAGUACAUAAAAUCCUACAAAAUUGCCUACAGCAAUGAUGGGAAGACCUGGGCAAUGUACAAAGUAAAAGGCACCAAUGAAGAGAUGGUCUUUCGUGGAAAUGUUGAUAACAACACACCAUAUGCUAAUUCUUUCACACCCCCAAUCAAAGCUCAGUAUGUAAGACUCUACCCCCAAAUUUGUCGAAGGCACUGUACUUUAAGAAUGGAACUUCUUGGCUGUGAGCUCUCAGGCUGUUCAGAACCUUUGGGGAUGAAAUCAGGGCAUAUACAAGACUACCAGAUCACUGCCUCCAGUGUCUUCAGAACACUCAACAUGGACAUGUUUACUUGGGAACCAAGGAAAGCCAGGCUAGACAAGCAAGGCAAAGUAAAUGCCUGGACUUCCGGCCAUAACGACCAGUCACAAUGGUUACAGGUUGAUCUUCUUGUCCCUACCAAGGUGACAGGCAUCAUUACACAAGGAGCUAAAGAUUUUGGUCACGUGCAGUUUGUGGGGUCAUACAAACUAGCUUACAGCAAUGAUGGAGAACACUGGAUGGUGUACCAGGAUGAAAAACAGAGAAAAGAUAAGGUUUUUCAAGGCAAUUUUGACAAUGACACUCACAGGAAAAAUGUCAUCGACCCUCCCAUCUAUGCACGACACAUAAGAAUCCUUCCAUGGUCCUGGUAUGGAAGGAUCACUCUGCGGUCAGAGCUGCUGGGCUGCACAGAGGAGGAAUGAAGGACAGGACGGGGACAGACAUCUCACAAUGCUUUUCUUUAUUUUCCUAUAAGUAUCUCCAAGAAAUGAACUGUGUGAAGCUGAUGGAAACUGCAUUUGUUUUUUUCAAAGUGUUCAAAUUAUGGUAGGCUACUGACUAUCUGUUUAGGAGUGCUAAGCUUGCCAUUUUAAUAAUUUAAUUUGUUUUCCUUUGCUCAACUCUCUUAUGUAAUAUCACACUGUCUGUGAGUUACUCUUCUUGUUCUCUGAAUUCUAUAGAUUGGUUGAAGUAUACUAGGCGAAGCAAGUCUCCUUUUUACAGCAAAACUUUAAAAAAAAUCUCAAAGUCAUCAGAUAGAAAUGUUAAGGGAGAAUUUUGGUCACUAUUCAAUUAACUCUUAUAAAAUGUUACAAUGUUAGCAAUAAGGUUUUUUGUUAUGGAUUUGAUCAUCUUGAUUGUUUCCCUGUGCCUAACACUGUUAGUAUGUAUUACAGAGAUUUGAGGAAGAAUAUUUGAUAUGCAGGACCAUUAAUAUGACAAUUCUAGUUUUAUUUUCUUCACUUACAUUAAAAUACUAAGUUCUUUAUGUUUAAUUUUGUAUUAUUUAUAUGCUACAUAAAUAGGCCAAUAUUCUUUGUCAUUGCAUUUUCUCCCAUUAUUUACUUUAAAUUCCUGUGUUUACUUAUAAACACAGAACAUGUAUUAAUAUACAUUGAACAUGAUUGGAUAUCAGUAAAUGGUUCUACAUUAAAUAUACAUUGAACCUGAGUUUUCAUUUUUGAAGAAAGCUAUAUGCAUUUCAUUUCCAAAGGCUUUCUGAGAAUCCCUUGUUACAGUUUAGUGAAAAAGAACAGAAAAACACUAUGCCCCUUGAAUUUAAAUCUUCAUUUCUUUGAAAUAAAAGAAUCAUUAUCUGUGUAUUUAAUAUACUAGCAAAUAUAUGUGAGCCUACUGCUGCACAGCUGGGCUAAGUGUACUCAACAUUUCUUUGCAAAUUUCCACAUUUCCUGUGAAAUGGAAAUUUCAAUGCUGUUUAAAACCAGUGGUAGUCUCUGAAGAAAGCACAUUGCAUAAUUAUUUGUGAGAAGCAAUGUAUUUACUAAUGACAAAGUCAUAAAACAUCUUCAGGAUGAAAAUUGAUUUUUAUUUAUUUAUUUUUUUUGCUUCAAAAGUCUUAGAAAAACUAAGCAAUUAUCAUUACAGUUUGUUAUUGAUAAUGGAGGCACCAUUGACAUACAUCUCAAAUUAAAGCUCACACUGCCUCCAUAAAUGUCCUCCAUACCUAAUUUAUAAGCUUAACACAUAUUCAUUUUAUAAGGCUUUGACACAGAAUCAUUGGAGUUUUAGAUUGAAGAUCCAGGAAAGGAAAGGGUGGAUGUGAAUGAAAUGCUAAAGAACUGCACAACACUGCUGUAUUUCAUUUUAUUUUUGUCUUUAAUAUGUGUGCUGUAUAAGGAAAGCCACCACUGUUAUGUCCUGUCUGUUCAUGUGUGCACAGCAUCUCCCCAUGAUGUAAAUAUGAAGCAGUCUUCAAUCACAGUGAAGAACUGAAAGAGAAAGUCAAUCACAUUGCCAUUUUAAAUGACAGUAAAUUCAUUGUUCUAUGGCAACUGUCAGGCCAAAUGUUUCCCCUUGCCCACCUGCUUACUGCAACAGAUUUGUUUAAAAUCUGUUGAUUUUCAACAUAUAAAAUGCUGAAUAAUUUUUAACAUUUUCCCAAAAGAAAACUGCUCUGUCCUCAAUAUUAUUGUACUAGAAAAAUGUUUUAAAGUAUCAGUAUAGAAUAUUUAAAAUAGUAUUUUCAAUUAAAAUAGCUAUGCAUAGAAUCACUUAUGUCCUAAAAGUACAUUUUCUAUCUGGCCAUGGUCCUUGUUUCUAUCAGUGAUAACCAUACUACUGAAUUUGUAGGUGUUUUUCCUUGCAGAUUUGUUACCCUUAAUAUAAAAUGCCAGAAAUUAUGAAUCAUAUGUUGUGCUGAAAUACCUUUCAAAACUAUUAUUGACUUCAUGUGGCACUGCUGAUACGUGUUUAAAAUGUCUUCCCCAAAGGAGUUAUUAUUAAUGGUAUCUGCUACUAUUUAGAAAGCUGGUGAGAGGCUUUCUCUUGCUUGCACUCUUCCUCUCAGCUCCAUGUGCUACCUACAGCAUAGCAUGCACAAUGGAUAUGCAUUUGUCCAUAAAGGUGCUUGCACAAAAAUUAAUGACAUGUAUUAGGAAGUAGCCUGUAUAACAGUUGUAUCAGUGGCUUCAAGUCGAAACAUAAAUUUUUCAUUUAGUUUUAUUUGCAAAUAAAAUUUUACAAACACAUAACAUGGAAUUCCCUACUCUUCACUAUACUACAUAAUUAUCAUGAGAUAAUUUUAUAAUAUAGGAAAUGAUGAAUUAAUUAACUUUAAAAAUAUCCAUUUCAUGUAUAUGUUAUUCUAAUCAUUUGUCACAGACACUAAUUCCAACUUUAGUGUUGACUUUCUCUCUGUGAAUGUCUUCAUAAAGAUAAGUUUGGAUUUUGAAGACCAGGCAUUAAUGACUAUAUCUUUGCUAGACAUCAAAUUAUAAAAUAUAACAUUGAAUGCUGUAGUCUGGUGUGUCUGUAAGGACAGAAAUAACUAAGAUACACAUAACUUUUGCAAACUUUCAAGCUGUGUAAUAUUCCAAUGUUGUUUUUUCUUUGUAGAUAUACUUAAAUCAUGUAGGAUGUUGUAAACUCAGUAUGAUCCUGUCUAGUCUUCAAACUUAAAAUAAACUUUUGAAAAGCUGUG